GCAGGGUUCCAGAAAAAACUUCGAAAGAGAACAGUUCUCCACCUCGACCGUUACCUUACAGUCGAAGAUCCAGGCCGGGUAGACUGCCGGGAGCCGUCACGAUGGUGGAGAACCUCAGCAACCAGCAGCUGUUUGACCUCGUCAAGUGAGCACACCAGCAGCGGACGGGAUCUGAACACACCGACAUCCUCUGCUCCUUUGGUGGUAUCAUACUGUGUGUUUAGGAAAGUGAUGGACAAUAACGAGAAUGAGAACCUGACGCCCAAGCUGGUGCGGCGCUACAUGGAGCAGGAGAUGAGUCUGCCCGAGCACGCCAUGGACGUGAGGAAAGACGAGAUCCGCCAGCUCAUCGACAAGUUCGUCGGGCCAGCCGACGCUGACGCAGACAUGGAGGGCGGCGGGUCGCCCCACGACUCGGGCGAGGCGGCGAGGGCGAGCGGCCCGGUGGCGAACGGCGUCACGAAGGAGAGCGGUGAGGAUGAGGACGAUAAGGACAAAGAAGAGGAUGCCGACGAGGAUGAGGACUAUGACGAGGAUGAGGAUGACGGUGGCAGCAAGAAGCGGCGCAAGACCAGCAGGGCCAAGCCUGCCGCAUCCAAGAAGCGCAAGACCUCGGCACCCAGGGGAGGACGGACCAGCGUCAAAGCGCAGCAGAGUAAGCGCAGGCAAGGAAGGAGGGAGGGAGGGAGGGAAGGACGGUGCUGCUCAUCAAUUGAACUCUAUCGGUGCGCGUGUGCUUGUGCCAGUGAGGUUGAUGACGAAGGCGUAUUUCGACCAGAACGCGGCGCCUCUCAAGAUGAAGAUCGGGCCGCACGAGGAGUCGCUGAGCAUCAAGACCUUCAAGUCGGGAUCCAGAGGCUGGUACGCCAACAACGCAACACAACACACCACGACACACCACAACGCACCGUACACAUGUGCUGCUGCGGGUGUGGGUGUGGGUGUGUUGUGUGUAGGUAUAUCAACAAGAAGCUGCCCAUCGACAUCGGGGGCCACCAGGGCGUCACCUGCCAAGCCAACUGCAUCAUCACCGGUGCGCACACUCACACACGGGCAGCAACUCACACCCAUCUCGCGGACCCAUACGUUUUCCCUCGUGUGUGUGUCUCUCGUGUGUCGUGUGUCCAGUGGUGGGGUCUCAGCAGUGGAAGGAGGGGGGCAAGGUGGACGACGACGAUGACGACGACGAGGAGGAGGACUAAGCUGACGGGCAGGGGCGAUGUUGCCCCGGGUGGGUUUAAUUCGACUGGGUGGGUGGGUGGGCGGGCGUGGGGUAGAUGAGUCGACGACAUAGUGAUUCAUUCGACGGGAGGUGUUCUUGACUGUCAAUGCAAUGCCCCUGGCAAGCCAAGCCCCCCAUACAGAUCAGAUAGAGUGGCCUAUCCAUUCCAUCCCUGCAGCACUGGCUUUCCAUCCUUCCCACCCCCUCCCCCUCUCUCCUGGCCUGCCCGUUUCUUGGCUCUUCUCUGUCUUCUGAUGGCUGCCUGAUGUAGAGUGAGUGAUGCGCUAUGCGACCGCCGGGUGUGUGAAGUGACCUGUAGCUAUCCAGCCAGCCAGCCAGCCAGCCAGCCCUCCGGCACAUGUGCGGUGGCGUGAGGGGCAAGCGAGCCUGUGCGAUGGUCUGUGGAUUUUUGCCCCUAUGGCGAGAUGAUGGGACUGAUUGGAUGGAUGGAUGGAUGAAUAUCGGUGUGCAGCGCUUCCUUACUGACACGACACAAACGACCGCUUUUGCUCGCUCGGCUGGUGGGGACUGACUGACUGAGUGAGGUGACGCUGAUCACAUCAGGGCUGCCAACUGGACAGUCUGGAUGUGGUAGGUAGUGCAACUGGGCGAUCUCUUGCAGCAGAGUGGAAAAGGAUUGACAGGGUGCUGUCUUGCAGACCUCGUUCACUUCGUUGGCCAUGUCAAUCGGUGCACC